AUGGCAGACCCCCGCUCAGGUGCUGUAGGAAUUAUUGGUGCUGGUGCGGCUGGUUUGAUCACUGGCUACACCCUACUGCAGGAUGGAUUCGAAGACAUCCAGCUGCUCACGCGCGACACAACACCUGGAGGUAUCUGGGCAGAAGAGCGCGUCUACCCUGGGUUAACAAUUAACAAUGUAUAUGGAGAAUUUCGAUUCUCACCGCUACCCAUGCCCGAGACUGGUGGCCGGCUCACUGGAGAGGACAUGCGGUCAUAUAUGUCUGCAUUUGCCAACGAGUUCCUCAAAGGCCGUAUUCGUUACAACACCGAGGUCCUUGAAAUCAGACGACACGAUUCUGGUGAUGGCUGGCUCGUUGAGAUCGAGGAUACGCGCUCGCGGAUACGUCAAGUAUUGAGGUAUGCGAAGAUAGUACUUUGCACCGGAGGCUGCAGUAGUCCGUUGAUACCCGAUGAAGUCUCUCCGGCAGCCGCGAAAGUGUCCGAAUUCAACGGUCCCGUAAUUCACUCCUCUCAGUUUCGCUCGCAGAUGGACGACCUACUGUCAAUCGUGAAGCCGAUUGAUGCCAAUGCGCCUGAUUCAGUGGGGCGGAUCGUAAUUGUUGGCGGAGGCAAGUCUGCGCAGGACAUUGCAGCCUAUCUCACGAACGAAAACCGCAAGGUAUCUGUCGUAUUUGAACGAGCAGACGCCGUCCUGGGUGUUACCUCCCCCUUGCCUGAUUUCAUUAGAAGGAGCCGAUUCCUGGGGAUCAUGUCUCCGCACAGUGAAUUGAGAACACGAUUAGAACGUUUCUUGCAUACGACUUGGCUUGGGAGUAAGAUCGUCCAUUUUGUAUGGAACACGAUAGCAUCAACUUCCUUCGAUGCCCUCAAGAUCCCGAAAGACUCUCCCCUUCGAAAUGCCCACUCUCUCUUCUGGGGAAUCCGCACAAAUGACGAGGGAGUUUUGAGGCCGAAUGGUUUCCACAGUCUCGUUGCGGACGGCAAGAUCGAUCUCGUCGCCCCAGUCCGGGUUACAGGGUACGGAGAGGACGGCAAGUCUAUCAAGCUAAGCGACGGGCGAACUCUGGACGCUGCCGCCGUAAUAUUAGGCACUGGGUUCACGUCUUCCUGGAAAGGGUUGUUCACGGAGCAGACUGCCGAUGAACUAGGCUUGAGCCGACAUGCACCUGCCGAUGUCCAGACAAAUCAGUGGGACAAUUAUCAGUCCCUCCGUGAUCCUCCGAGCUUCCUGGCGACCUCGAAGCAGCAGCAAUGGGCUUCCUCUAUCUACCGCGGCCUCGUACCUUACAAGAACAUAAACAAACGUGAUUUCGCUAUCAACGGCGCCAUCUUCACGACGAAUAACGGAUAUGCAUUCGAGACGUUCUCGCAUUGGAUCUCGGCGUAUUUCCUCGGCGAUAAAAUGCGGUUACCAGCAACACCGGAGGAAGCGUUCGCCGCCACUGAAAGGAAUGCUGAGUGGCUGAGAAAGCGCUUCCCGGGCAUGCUGCUGUGGACGAACGAGAGCUAUAGCAGCAAUCUUGCCUUCUUCACGUGGCCACAAAUCGUGGACGAGAUUUUGGAGGAUUUGGAACUGCCUAGCUUGAGAAGCGGCGGGAACUGGCUCACUUGGCCAUUCAGGGUGAUUGAUUUGACGGAGAUUGCGACGCUUCGAGAAGAACGAGAUGCCAAACGCCUUCAACGAAGUAGUUAG